AUGGACUCUCUAGCAAAAUCUAUCAACCAAUUUGCUCUGGAGUUUAGUAAAAAGCUAGCUGAAUCUGCUGAGGGUAAAAAUAUCUUCUUUUCUCCCUGGGGGAUCUCAGCCUCCUUGGCCAUGGUGUAUUUGGGCACAAAAGGGACCACUGCAGCCCAAAUGGCCCAGGUUCUUCAAGUUAGCAGAGACCAGGACAGCGAAUUUUGUCCUGACAGUGAAAAGAAAAGGAAAAUGGAAUUCAGUGUGGGCAAGCCUGAAGAAAUACACUCCUAUUUCCAGACACUUAUUUCAGAAAUCAACAGUUCCAGCCAUGCUUGUAUACUUAAAACAGCCAACAGGAUCUACGGGGAGAAAACUUAUCCAUUUCACAAGAAAUAUUUAGAAGAUGUGAAAACAUAUUUUGGUGCAGAGCCACAGUCUGUGAACUUUACGGGAGCUUCUGACCACAUCAGAAAGGAGAUCAAUUCUUGGGUUGAAAAACAGACUGAGGGAAAAAUCCUGAAUCUCCUACCUGAUGACGCUGUGGGCCCUACAACCAGAAUGGUUCUGGUGAAUGCCCUUUACUUUAAAGGAGUCUGGGAACAUCAAUUCCUAGUCCAAAAUACCACAGAAAAGUCAUUCAAAAUAAACAAGACUACAAGCAAACCAGUGCAAAUGAUGUCCAUGAAAGAAAAACUUGAAGUAUUUUACAUAGAAAGUCCACAAGCCAUAGGCCUUCAACUCUACUAUGAGAGCCGUGACCUCAGUCUGCUCAUACUACUGCCAGAAGGCACUGAUGGACUGGAUCAGCUGGAAAAGGCCAUCACCUAUGAGAAGCUGAGUGAGUGGACCAGCGCAGACGUGAUGGAGUUGUGCAAUGUGCAGUUAAACCUUCCCAAGUUCAAGCUGGAAGAGACUUACGACCUCAAGUCAACUCUGAGCAGUAUGGGGAUGAGUGAUGCCUUUAACCAGAGCAAAGCUGAUUUCUCAGGAAUGUCCUCAGAGAGAGACCUAUUUCUGUCCAAUGUUUUCCAUAAGUCUUUCCUGGAAAUAAAUGAACAAGGUACAGAGGCUGCAGCUGGUACUGGGAGUGAGGUGAGUGUAAGAAUGAAACUCCCCUCCAUCGAAUUCAAUGCAGAUCACCCGUUCCUCUUUUUCAUCAGGCACAACAAAACCAACGGCAUUUUAUUUUAUGGGAGAUUCUGCUCCCCCUAA